AUCACGUGUUCAAGUGUUUGCUUAUAGACUGACCCCUGAGCGACAUAGCACUCACACUUUAUGAUGCUCCCACGUGUGAAAGAGACAGAAAAGAUGGACGACAUAGACGCCAUGUUCAGCGACCUGCUUGGAGAGAUGGAUCAUCUCUCUCAGAGUUUAAUGCCAGCAGCGGACGCACUAGAAUUGGAUCCUGCCUCACAGACAGAGAGCACCUUCUCUAUCGGCUUCACAGACCUACAUGAGUCUCUCAAUGAACUGGAGGACCACGACCUGGAUGCUCUGGUGGCUGACCUCAGAUCAAAAUCAACCAUCUCAGAUGGGAGAUUCCCCGAAGAUCACCAGACCAGCAGCCCUGCAGAGAAUCAAAUAGCAGCGUCAGCUAUGACUCAUGAACAUGAGCCAGCAGCUGCCUUUCCUCCACCAUCAAACUCUGCUAAAUCCUCGGGAGGGCUGCAGAUGGGCGACCCCCAAACAAAGGCAGACAAAAUUAAACUGGCUCUGGAGAAGCUGAAAGAAGCCAAAGUGAGGAAGUUGAUAGUAAAGGUGCUGAUGAGCGACGGCAGCUCCAAGACACUGAUGGUGGAUGAGAGACAGACGGUGCGGGAGGUUUUGGACAAGCUGUUUGAGAAGACAUACUGCGACUGCAGCAUCGACUGGAGCCUGUGUGAGACCAACCCUGAGCUGCAGAUUGAAAGAGGCUUUGAGGACCACGAACACCUAGUGGAGCCCCUGUCUGUGUGGACUCGCCUCAGUGAAAACAAAAUCUAUUUUGUGUCAAGACCUCAGAAGUAUGCAAUGUUCACAGACCCUCAAGUAUUUUACUUGUGGAAAAAGAAGAAAGCAUGUUUGAGUGGGAUGAACGAGCAAGCCAAACAGCUCUUAAUCAAGGAGAAUUUUGGAGGUUCCACUCAGAUUGUUCCUGAUCUCGAGGGCACGCUGUACCUAAAGGAAGAUGGGAAAAAGCUUUGGAAACCUCGCUACUUCGUGCUCAGGGCCUCGGGCAUCUACUAUGUACCCAAGGGAAAGACUAAGUCUUCCAGUGAUCUCGCCUGCUUUGUUCGUUUUGACAAAGUCAACAUCUACACCACCAACAACUACAAACAGAAGUACAGAGCGCCCACCAACUUCUGCUUCAUGCUAAAGCAUCCCUGCAUCCAGAAGGAGUCGCACUACGUCAUGUUCCUGUGCUGUGACGAUAAACACACACUGCUGCUUUGGGUCAACUCCAUCAGAAUAGCCAAGUAUGGGACCGUCCUGUAUAAGAACUACCAGGCUGCAAUGAAGAGAACCUCCAGUUUGCAAACUUGCCACUCUGCUGCACAGAAAGACCGAUUGAACAGUCACGCCCCUAAAACCAGCCCACAGCCGGGUUCAGCUUCACCCAGAACCAAAGUUGAAGACUAUCCAUAUGAGGCACCACCUGACUUCAUCCCUCCUCCUCCUCCUGGACACACACCCGUUUGAGACACACCUUCAGCUAUAGCCUGGAUUUAGCCAAUUUAGCCUCCCUUGUUCACACAUCUGGAUAAAUAGCUUUUAUUUAUUCCCAGGUGUAUAGGGAUAUUUAUUUUUGUUUGCUUUUGGACAAAAUUUCUGCAACUUCUAUAAAUGUUUUUCACCAGUUCCAGCAGCUUUACGACACACAAAACACACACCGUUCUGUUCAUUGUUUCAAUGAGCUGUUUAUUACAAAAAGACUGUACAUAAAUUUCAAUGAACACAUCCUAUGUACAAACUGAGAGGAGAAGACAAAUAUUGGAUUCUGUUCCCAUGAACGUUUAAGUUACGGAUUUUUUUUCAUCGAUAAGAAAACACACAUCAAAGAAAGGCGCCUUGACCUGCGAUGCCCUGAAAUGCGAGACGUUAAAGUGGUAAACAUUACAAAGUUCUGCACGUCAGCGGUUGUCUCAUGGUUUUCUCUAUGAAAAAAGUAUAAAUUAAUCCUUUACAUAACAAAACUGCUAUAGCGGACCUUCCUCAGCAGUCUCCGACACCAAAAAACGAGUUGAAUGCAAAGCUAGAAAUACAUUAGGUAGAAAAAAGUUGAUUUUCUCACAGAAAAUUACCUCAUGAUGGAAAAAAUACAAUCAAGAAUGGGAUGUAGUGGCAAAUCAUUCACUGUAAUGAAGACUUUCAUGCACAGAGGCUGAAUGAAUACUGUUCAUUUGACUGACUCAUUGUCUUGUGUGGAAACCUGAAACUCCCCUCACAACAUAAGGAAGUCUGUAUCCAUUUCAAAAUAAAAGUCUGUGUCCAAUG